CUCCGUGAGUGGACGAUAUAUUCGCAUGUUCAUCUGCUAUUUGAGGCACAUUGUCAAGACGGCGCAUUUCAGUCGCACAGGAGUCUCCUUUCUGUCCUGCUACUACUGAUCCAACACUGUCAAUCUCUUGUUAUUGGAAAGGACCAUCUCAGUCCGCUGUGAUGUUUGAUAUCAGCUUUCAUGCAGCGGUCCAACCCAUUCAGAGGAGAUUCAGAUGUCGGCAACUCUUCUAGCAUGUGUUUACCCUCUGCGUCAUGGGCUCUUUAUAGUGGUCUCACUGAUCCUGGCUGGACAGGUGGAAUGAUAGUCGGCGAGACUUCGCUAAAGAUGUGUUUCGAGAUUCUUUCCCCUGAGUCUGUCGUUUGGGCUGCUGAUUUGGCAUUGUCUGUCCUCAUCUUGCGCACUGCUGGCAUUGGUGCGGUCUCAAUUGCAUCUCCGGUUUGGUUCUGCCUAGCGACGUGGCUCGUACUGGCGGCCAACGUGUUUCACGUUUCAGGUCCUGGAUGAUAAAGUAUAUUGUGUUCUUUAUCUCAGGAUGGUAAAAUGACAUCUCGAGAGAGCGGUAUAGAAUAACGAUGCAGAUACAAUAUGUACGAUGCAGGAGGCAUCACUUAGGGUAUUGACAUUCCUUUCGCAUUAUCAGCCAAUACCCAGUCUUGAGGCAAUCCUGUUCCUCGUCCAGAAUAAAGCGGCCAGGCAUAC